UGUGAUACCCCCAAAAGCUUACUAGUUUAGAAUGAGGGUCAACGAUGCUGUUGAGGAUAAGACAUCUGAACAUUUACACGAAGAUGCUAGUCUACAGAGCCUUCAGGUUUUCUCAAUUUAUUCUAGUUUGACAAGGUAAAUGUGAAGAGAGUGUGCACAACUGAGGUUUCAAUGCAGAAGUCUUCAGCGCUCAUCGAAAUGGUCAGUCACUGUCAACCCCCAGCGUUUACAGAUUUCACGGGACUGACCCUCUCCAUGUACAGCAGUAAAUCGGAAAUGUGUGCAAGACGCGUCGGCAACGAUGGUUUUGGACUUCAGACGUGCCUGAGACCAAAUCAUUUGGGUCAGAUGCAGUAUCCUAGUCCAAAGCGACUCGUCGUGUCGGAGGAGCGCUACGGAACUCAAGAAAAAGCGUAUUUGACAGCAAAGGCUCAACGCGUGGGCUUUUCCCUGCCACCGGGACAUGCAAACGGAGGCUGUAGCACCUACCGUUCUGAGAAGGACAUCACAGCUGACCUGGGGGGCAUCGAGAGCACUCUGAUGCGCUGUGGGCAAAGCAUGGUAGUGCCUGCAGGGGACAUGCCAGGGGGUCUCUACCACCACAGCCUGCACUGUGACAGACCAACACAGAACCUGCAUCUCCAGCAACAGCAAGAGGCCAGGUCCUCUGCUACUGGCUCCUUCCAUAGAUCCCUGGCCCCCCCAGAUGGGGUCUGCAGCAGCUCCAACGGGCCCAGAUCCUCACUCCCCUACCCCAUCAAACAGGAGACCUCCAUGGGCUACAAGAUCACCUCCGGACCGGGUCUUCCCAUCCCACCCGAGGCUGGCUUCCAGAGUGACAGAGGAGCCGUGGGGAUGAGGCAGGGGGAUGUGGAGGCUCCACAGCAUAGCGGCAACGUGGUCGUUGGCAGCUUAGGCAGCGCAGUGCCGGCGGACGCGGCGUACCCGUUUAAUAAUGAAGAUGGCUCCUCCCCACUGUCAUUGUCCCCCGGCGCUGGCUCCCGUCAUUCGGCGCGGUUGCUUCAUGCUAGCAGUCUGACGAGACGCUGCCUGUCCUUGGCCUCAGACUCCCCCGCUGCCUCAGCCGUCAUCACCGCCUCCUCCGCCUCCUCCACCUCCUCCGCCUCCUCCGCCACUGCCGAGGGGAUCGAUAUCACCGCCAUCAUCUGCUCCUCCCAGAUGUCCAUCGUGGCCUGCGUGAACGGGCUGCGGGCAAACCCCUCUCCCAUCCAGCCUCGGAGCGCCAGCGCUGCCGGUUUCUCCUCCACCUCCACUUCGUCCACCUACAGGGACGUCCUCUGCAAGCUCCCUACCCAGCCCCGGCCCCCACCUCACAGCCCCCAGCAGCAGGCUUCCUCACAGGAGAGCUGUCAACUUCCCUCGCCUGCCACCUGCCUGCUGUCCCUCUCCUCCUCCUCUUCCUCCUCCUCCUCAUCCUCCUUAGUGUCGUCUGUGGAGCUGGAGCCGGGCCAGGGGCUGUGUGAGGAUCUGGGCUCGAUGCAGCAGGGGCCCAGGUGUGGAGAUGGUGAUGUUGGAGGGGGAGGAGAAUCUGAAGGAAUGGGGCAGCUCAUGAGCAGGGCCCUGAUGCAGCCUGGAGGAGGUUCCCUCUCGCAGGGCUGUCAGAGGGCAGGGGCCCUGAAACAAGAACCCCUGGACGACUUCUCUCCAAGCGAGGAGGAGCUCUUUCAGCACCACUACCACCAGCACCACCACCACCACCUAACGGGACACAACGGGUAUGUACGCGCUCAAACCCAGCACCCUGCCCCCCCUCGGCCCUCUAUGCCCCCACCCUACCACCUGCACCAAUAUGUGAGCCCUAACCAAGGUAGCCGGUUGCAUCUCCAGAGCCAGCCCACAGCCCCAUCUUCCUCCGUGCUUCCGGGACCUAAGGCCCCGUCCAUGUCAGGCCUCGGUGGCUCUCACUCAGCUCCAGAGAGAGAAGACGUCGGAGGGGGUCCACUGGGGGAAAAGCAGGUGUGCCGCUGGAUUGACUGUAGCGCUGCAUACGAGCAGCAGGAGGAACUGGUGAGGCACAUUGAGAAGGUGCACAUCGACCAGAGGAAAGGCGAGGACUUCACCUGCUUCUGGGCCGGCUGUAUCCGCCGCUACAAGCCCUUCAAUGCCCGCUACAAGCUGCUCAUCCACAUGAGGGUUCACUCUGGGGAGAAGCCCAACAAGUGUAUGUUUGAGGGCUGUAACAAGGCUUUUUCUCGUCUGGAGAACCUGAAGAUCCAUCUGCGCAGCCACACAGGAGAGAAGCCCUAUCUGUGCCAGCAUCCCGGCUGCCAGAAAGCUUUCAGCAACUCCAGCGACCGCGCCAAGCACCAACGCACUCACCUGGACACGAAACCAUAUGCAUGUCAGAUCCCGGGCUGCACCAAGCGAUACACAGAUCCCAGCUCCUUACGCAAACACGUCAAGAUCCACUCUGCCAAAGAGCAACAGGUGCGUAGGAAGCACAUCACAGGCUCUGCCUCCUCUCAGCACCUGCACUGCGCCCACCCUUCGCAGCACUUGUUCAACGGAAAGGAUGGCUGUUCCGCAGGACUCAGCCAGGAUAUCUUCACAGGCCUGUAUUCUGGCUCCAGCCCCCCCCAUCACAGUGCCUCGGUGGAGCUCCUUCCCCCCACCCCCACAUCUGUCUCUGCCCCAGAGCCUCUCCGUCAGCCCCGGCUUGAUCGGGACCUGACCAGCCCUCAUCAUCUAUCCCCGCUGUCCACCAUGGACAACACGCAAGAGGGGGUGUCAGGUCCUCUUCUCUCUCUAGGGACCAAGGGCACUCCUACCUCUCCCCUAGAUAAGCAGCACAGUUCAGUCUCCCACCAGCAUGGUCAUCACCACCAGAAAACCUACUCUCACUAUCAACACCACCAGUCAGCCAACGAGGAUUAUCAGGGCAGUUUUCAGAGCUGCUUUUAUUUCGGCGACUCCUACAGAAUGGAGCAGUCUUUAAGUGGUGUCCAUGUACCAGGUGAUUCUCAUGCCUAUACUUCUCACCAACACAAUGGCUUCCACAUGUCCAGCAGCAGUGGCUCUUCUGCAGGCUUCAGCUGCCAGGCUUUGGCCCAGGAUCUUCAAGCCUCUGGAUGCCAGUUCUCCUCCAACCCAGACGAAAGCAUCUUUUUCCAGGUGGGCAGCUUUGAACGCAGCCUGAGCCACAUGCCCUCUGUCUACACUGAGACAUAAAGUUGCACAGGUCUGGGGCAAGAGCUUCAGUUGUAAAAUAACUGGGUACAAAGCCAUGAAGCACUCAUAUUCAUUUUUUUUUUUGAAAAAAUGGAGACGAGUACACAAAUAUUUUAGACACCACCAGUCAUCCAUCAUUCCAUUAGUUUUUGUCUGAAAUUCUGAGGUCUAUCAGAAGUAAUUUUUCAACAUCUUUAUGGCUAUUUAAUUGACCUGAUAAUCUACUGAGGAUGUGCAUAGAUAUCUCACUAAUCAUUCAAAGUAUCAAAAUAUGACAAACUUCAGCAGCCACCAUCAUUUUAUUCCCUUUCAUUAAAUGUUCAAUCUGCUAUAGACUGAAGUGUAGAAAAUAAUAUAUAUAUAUAUAUUUGCUGUGUUUUAUCUGCGAAAACAUACCUUUUUUGAAUUUCUUAAAUCAUUGUGUUUUUGUUUGGUUUCUCACUCAGACAUAAGUGUGGAGAAAGGUGGAAGGUUUGAAAAAAAUCUGUGACAGUUAAUACUUUACUAUGUAUAUAAACUGUACAGUUUGUUCAAGCAAUAAUAUGACUGUUAUUUUCAAGUUAAAAAAAAUAAAUGAUUUUGCAAUUGUGUUCCACAAGACUAUUGCAUGCCCUUGAUUUCAGAAGGCAAAAAAUGAAUGUAAUUGUAAAUUAAGAAUCAUUUUUGCAUAACAAGUUAAAAUACACACAGAAGUAUUAAGUGCUCAACAUGGCAAGUGGAGUACUAAACCAGAGGAUAGGCAGAAUCUGCCCUCUGGUGGACAUAGCAAGGCCCUUUUAGAGAGUAAGUACACAUCCCAAUUUCUGCCUUAGCCAACCCCUUCAUCUUUUAAUGUAUGCUUUCUGGUGAAAAGUUGUACAUUACAUUUUUUUCGAAAGUAUUCAUUUUGGGAUUUCCUCAAAAUGCUUGAAGCAAUACAUGACCACGGACAAUUAUCAGAGAACUUUUAAAAAGUCGCUUGUGUACAUCAUGCAUUUCUCCUCAAAGUAUUAACCACUAGGGGCAAUAAAGCAAGAAUUUACCAUCAAAUAGUGAAAAGAUAAACACUCCAGAGAUUGCAGAGA